UUCAUUGGUGGGGCAUCUCCCUCAUCAUCUUUCCAUUUGAAUUUUGUUGUGAUUAAGUUUCGGCAUGUUCGGAUGACCUGAAUCAAGGCAAUCUGUUUUCUCAAUUUUGGAAUAUUAGCAGUCAAAAACCAACCACACUCUUUGGAUUACUUUCAAUUCUGAUAAUCUGACAAUUGGAACUUCAAUCAAAUCAUCUUGGAUGGAUCUUGCUCGACCCUUUUGGAUGAAGGAUUGUGUCUUUAGCUGGAUGGUCACCUCUUCGUAACUUGUCAUUUUCGACUUUCGAUUUCGGCAAUUAAGUUGCAUUCAAGUUCUUCGAAGAGAAUGAAUCCAUAACUCCACAAUUAAGGCCGUCUUAGCAUUUCUGUAGUGGUGCUCUAAUCUUUCUCUGAACGUGGAUACGCCGUCGCCAGCAUGCUCAAAUGGUGCAACUCGCCGCGGACAAUGCGGGCCGACAUCAACAUGAACCAUGUGAGCAUCCAGAGUGCGCCACUAGAAGCCAGUCCACCGCAUCCUCCAAGCAAACUAACACCGAGCCUUGCCAUUGAAAGUUUCCGAGCGUCUUUCAUACUCAACGAUUCCGGAGGAGGCAAUGAAGAGGUUGACCUUGACACGAUUCUCGGCGAACUAUGUGAGCUCGAGAAUCAACUCAGCAACCAGAAAGAUGAAAUAUCCGAAGCGACGCCGAUGAUGAAAUUAUCCGAGUCGUCGAAGCUACCCACUAUGCAUGACCUUGACCCCGAGGACACCCUGGAGGGCGUCAUACAGCAGAUAAACCAGCUGACCGCUUCGGCACAGGACCAGCAGGUGGACAGUGCUACUGAAUCGAUGGCGGGUUCCGACCAGUACAUCACGGAAAAGCAAUCGAAGCGUCAAAGCCAGGCGUCUCAUUCCUCGUCAACCUCGUCCAAAGGUCAACCUGAACCUCUCAGUGAAACUGACCGAGACUCGGCGUUUAUGGAAAAUGAAUCUCUACCAUCCUCAGAGUCGUAUUUGUCGGUUGGGACGACGUGCAGUAACCAGAGUGUUGAUAGCAACGCCACCAUGGCCACAGGGAUGAGUUACAGUGAAGCCAGUUAUCAAAGCGAAGAGCCGCAUCAUAGGCUGUUCUCGCGUCUGUCGAGUCUUCGGGAUCAGAUGGAACAGGAAAAUAUAAGUCCUGUUGAACAGGCGAAUAAGCUGAAGGAAGAGAAAAUCAAAAUAGCCAUUGAGAAAAUCAAGGAUUCAAAACUACGCAAGCUGUUUGUGCGAGCGUACAGUGACGAUGCCAGUUCUAAGAGCAUCCUCGUCGAUGAAUCCAUGUCUGUACGGAGAGUCUGGCAGAUGCUGACAGAGAAGAACCAUGGCUCGCCUGAUGUAAACAUGGCCGUCGUUGAGGAGAUGCCUUCUCUUUAUAUGGAACGAGUCCUUGACGACCACUUGUCUCUGGUUGACAUCCUUCUCAUGUGGACCGGCGGGACGACCAAUAGAAUCAUGUUCUCGAAUCGACCGUAUAAAUAUGAUCUAUUUAGAAACCCAGAGCUGUAUCUUCUUGGAGAAUCGUACGCAGAGCGUGGGGCCCGCCUGGACGAGGGUGCCCGGCAGAACCUACUCCAGGAGUUCUUCUCUGGGAAUCAGACGCCUGAAGUUGAAGGAAUCUUGUACUUAAAGCAGGAGGGCAAGAAAGCUUGGAAGAAAAUCUAUUGUAUCCUGCGAGCAUCUGGCAUUUAUUAUAAUCCAAAGGGCAAAAGCAAGGCCUCUCGUGAUCUGACGCGGCUUGUCCAGUUCGACUCCGUCGAUAUCUACUCCAGUAUUGGUUGGAAGAAGAAGUAUAAAGCACCAAACGAUUUCGGCUUUGCGUUAAAGCAUCCGAGAAUCCAAAAGAAGGCAUCGAAAUUUAUCAAGUACUUGUGUGCCGAGGAUGAGAUCAGUUAUAAACAGUGGAUGACAGGGAUUAGAAUAGCCAAGCAUGGCAAGAAACUGUUUGAGAACUACACAUCGAUGCUGAAAGACAUCCUGACCUGGGACAGAACAGUCACCCCAACCAUCGGUCAAACAACGAGUAGCGAUUGUGUGACUGGAAUACCAAAAACUGGCUUAGUACGGCGCGAGAGCUUACCAGCAAAUUCUGGUCCGACUAAUGCACAAAAACAACGGGAACAUCCACCGCUACAGCGUAGAGCUUCGGUUGGAGUCGGUGAUGGACUUGAUUCAAAUCGGAAUUCAAUCACAGGUGGAAUGAAACGAUCACGAGGCUACUCAAUGGUUUCCAAUUCUCUAGAUUACACGGCAGAUAGUGAGGACAGUGAUUCAACAUACGGACCAUAUGGUACGUUAACCAGACGCUCCUCUCUUCUCAGUGAUAAUCCGCAUCCAAAAUUAGUACCAACAAAAGGGCGGAAAGCUGCGGCCAAUUUACCCGUGACAACCGAUGUCACAAAGUAUUUGACUCUGACAAUGGGGCGUAAAGAUGGCGCACGUCAUAUACGCAAUGCGAGUGACGUCUUCAGCCAGUCGGUGGAUUCUGAUAGGUUGGGGCCAGAGGAUGGAGAGCGGGGUUACCGUACUAAUGGUACAAGACAUAUUCGUAGUGCGAGCGACGCAUUUAGUCGCUCGAUGGACUCUGAUAGAUUUAUGGGUGGGCCCGAGGUUGAUUAUCGCUCCCAGGAUAUGUCACACGGUGCUUAUAAUGAUGCAGAGUAUUGUUACCAUGAGGACCGUGGCUCUGUGAACUUUGAUGGUGCACCAGAGGUGCCUAUUCCUCCUCCUAUGUUGCCUUUUGGUCGGAACCAGGAGAAAUUUGGAACAAUAGGUCGCAAAUAUUCGUUAGACUCUUCAUCACCGCUUGGACAGAAACUGUCUGCGGAACGUGAUCGUGAGCGAUCCCGUGCUGCAGUUAUGAAUAGACUAUCUGGAGAAUCACAAACAUCGAAUCCUCAUCGUCUGUCAGAUGAGAUGCACCGCUUGGAACAAAAUGCACAACAUGCACGAAAACUUUCAAAUGAGGCUGCAAAUGUUACUUUGGAUUCGAAUGGUCAACAUUAUCGCAAAGGUUCUGGUGAUUCAGCUAAGAUUGUGCCAGAAGUGCAUGCACACAUACGGAAGGCGUCUGGUGGGAGUGCCUCAGAUAUUCAGAGUCAUUAUAGGAAGUUAUCCGGUGGGCCGAUACCAGUGUUGGAGCCGGUGGUGCCAGUGCCGCCUCAGAUUCCUGGGGUGCAGAUGAAUGCCCCACCUGCACCACCUGUUCCUGGUGUUGGGGUUCCCCCAGCACCACCGAUUGGUGUGGCUAUACCUCCUGCACCACCUGUGCCUGCAGGCCCACCUCCACCACCACCUCCGAUGGGUGCAGCCUCUGGUGGACCACCAGCCCCGCCGCCUGUACCUGGGGCGCCAGGAGGGCCACCCCCUCCCCCACCUCCACCACCAAUCGGAAAGCCAUCGCCUAUGAAACCAGAUUUACCAAAACGGAAAACAUCAGAAAAACAGCUCCAACGAAAAUCCUCUGGUAGUGGUAGUGGUUUACCAUUUUUGAAUGAACUCAUGACAAGAUCGAAAUCGCGAUCAUCGAAUAUUGGUGCCAUAGGAAUGCCCCCUGGUGGGCAAGUUGAACAUCGUUCCCAUGAAUGCCAAAACCAAGGAAUAAACUCAAAUAACAAACACGUGAACAUGUUACAAGAGUUAAAAAAUGUUAGUCUAAAUAGGAGUGGGAAUGAACUUGAAAAAACUCAUAAACGGUCGAUAUCGGAUGGGUCAUCUGAUGGUGCUGCGUCACCUCGGCGCCUCAGUGCCAGUUCAGCCGCCAGUUCUGAACAAAACGAUAGCACGGACGGAUUACAAGAUCAGAUCGUCCUCCAUCAAGUCGUGAAUUCACCAAAACCGCCAAAAGUCUUGCCGAAACCAAAACCUUCACCACCACCACGAGUUUCGUCGCACCUUACAAAUGAUGUGAAUACUGGAAAAACGGAUGUUGAUUUUGAUUUAUCUGGUUUGUGUGAUAUAGACAGUCUUCCGUUGCCCCCGCCAGAAAUGUUGGAGGGGCUCGGCACGACGCAGAAAAAGCAAUCGCCGGUUAUGAGGAGGAAACCUCCCCCGCCUCUUCCGCCAAAACGAAGUCAAACAACCCAUAUUACGACUCAGUAGGUCGCCAUUGUAUUUAGGGUAAAUAGUGAUAUUAGUCUUGAUGAAAUGAGCCCAGCAGAAUCAUGUCGUCAGUAUUGUUGUUGGCCGAUUUAGAUUCCUUGCGAUAAGCUCGUGUUUAGCUUGGUAUACAAUCUUUGUGUAUCUGUCAUCUUGAAUGGUCUUUCUUGUGUUAGCUGUAAGCUUGUUGGGAGAGAGGAUGGGAUGCUAAUAUGGACUUUUCUAAAGCAUUGACUAGAAGAGUCUAUAAAAGAUAAUGGGGAUGAAAACUUAAAGUAUGGAAUUGGUCUUCCUCACCAAAAGUGCCGAUGUCUCAAAAGUAAUGAUCAACCCGUGAAAGGACAGCUGUGUAUAUUGCAUGAUUGGAUGAUAUGGGAUUUUUAUUAUCAAAACUGUGAGAGACUUAAUGCAACGAAAGUUGACUUCAUCAGUCAGUUGUGUCAUUUAUAUCAGUUUUUAGUUUCCAAUUUUGAAUAUUUUUUACCAUGAGUUUUGGAUAAACUUUACUCCAGGUGUAGAUUAGUGCUGAAUACCAGUCCUCGUGCAAUACACUUUAAAUGACUUCACAUGGUGUGUGUCCAGCUGUCUUCAAAAGACAGGAAAGAAACCCUGCUACCGGUUCAAAGCCUGUCGCUCCUUGAGUUCAUGGGCGUGAUUAUCUCUUUAGUUUUACAUUUGAAUGAUUUUCAAUGGAUUCAUACAGUUUAUUCCAGACCAAUUAUGACACUAUAUGCAUGAUAAAAGACCAGCAUUUUUUUAUUGACUUUUAAUUCAGUUCUAAACAGAGAGAAUGAACAGCAUUUUUCAGUUUUUGUAUAAAUCUACUGAACAUUUUUGCACAUUUAUUUCAUAUUUAUUGCGGAUUAUUACAAUUAUAUUCCUUUUAUACUCCAAUCAUGUAUAGAGGAUUCUUUCUCCGCGGGUCACCGCUGUGGAACUCAUACAUGUUGGAAACAAAGAAGCUGCAUGUCCCUAUCAGGGUGCCUCUUAGAACUUGUUUGUAAACAUUGCAUGCCCACAUAUGUGUACAGAUACAAAUGAAUUUGAUCAAAUGGAAUCAAAUAUGGUAAUAUUCAAUUGUGAUAGAAUUUGAUCGCAACUUCAGUUAAUGGAGUAGUAGCAGGCAUUCCUGUUCUGCUGGCAUCAUUGUAUAGUAUUGAGUAUUGAGUUUAUGUAUGGAGAUGUUUGGUGCUUUGGUGCAGACCUUGGUACUGCACUUAGCUGCCAUUAUAUCAGUACAUGUAUGUACACAGUAAUUCUUUACAGUACCGUCAUGCCUGGCCAGCAGUAAUGUUUGCUACUCCUGAUGUGAAUUUUCACCAAACUCUUGAUUGUAAGUUGUUCACAUUGUAAAUAAUAUGUUGAUUUAUUGAACUAAUUGACGAUUGAUUGAACUCCUAAUGUUAAUCAUGAGAAACAGGGUUAUGCCUCGAGGAGUACAGGUUUCAUGAAUCUAAUGUCACUGAAAAAUGAGCAAGUUAUCUCCGAAGUGCAGUCUAUGUUAAUGUUUGUCGGUCAUUCCCAAUGUUCUAUUUUCACGCAUGAAUUGCCACACAUGACAUUGUGACUACUACGUAAACUUGGACCUCACCCAUCAUGUGAAGCAGGUACCCACAAUCAGACUGAUCGAGCCUGUGUUGUGUGCAAAAUUCUGAAUUGGUAAUUUCUCCAUCAAAAUUUUAAUCUUAAAAUGGUUGGCAGAGAUGUGUAUUGGGUCGUGGAGAAAAGCUGGAAUGCAAUAGUUGACUUUUGAACUGUAGUAGGAUCAUAUCACAGAAUAACCCCAAAAAAAUUGCAAGAAAACGUUUUAUGGUGUUAUUCUCUAGAUAUUGGUCCAGAGAACAACAUAUCAAAAGUUGGCAGCAAUUGGGCCUCCGCAAAGGGUCUAAAUAUGACGUCAAACAAAAUGGCCGCCAUUUGACCAAAAUUCCCUAUAUUUCAUAUAUCGUUUGACAUAAACAGUAGUGAACCACUUCAAACGUGCAACAUACCGUAGAAAAUAUUGUCUUAGAAGUCAUGAAAUUGAUAUGUGGAUCCUGGAGUUAUGUGAUGACGUCACGACGUCAUCAAUGACGUCAUGAUUGGAAAUUUGCAAUCUGAUGGUAAAUUCAAAUUUGUUAAACUUCAAUUCGCAUGAAACAGUCAAUUAUCAGUCCUCAUUUUCAUCUAAAAAAGGUGCAUGGUUCAUAUUUUCACAGUUCCCAUCCUGACAAGGCCCACAAGCCCCUGUGCAGUCAAGUCCAUAUUUCUUGCAGCUACAUCUAAGUGUGUUGCAUCCAGCCGAACAGUUACAGUGAAUCAUUUUUAGCAGAAUGUCAGGAGCUGGGUUAUUGUCCAUCAUUAUGGUGUGACUUUGUCUCCUUCAACAUUCCAACCCCAAUUUGCAAGGUCCAUGUUGUCAUUAUGACCCAUCCAUUGCAUGACUUGAAGGUAGCUCCGUCGUGCGUGGUACUUUGUCGCCGAGGUUGUAGGGGGCAAUCGCUAAGGUGUUACGAAUGUCUUUGCGGUCGCCACUUUUUUGCAAAGAUAGCUGUACCGCAAUGAUGCCAACGAUUCACUUGUUCCGUUAAACAGAGCCACCAUUGCUUUACACCCAGCACUUGCCACAGCAACCUUAUCUGAGUUGUGAGCACAAAAAAAACCUUGAACGAUGCGCAAGACAGAAUCGCCCUUGACGACCUUUUGAAACACUGAUUUCUUGCCAACACCAACGAUUCUAGAGGUAGUAUCACAUCCGGUGAAUGCAUGGGCAAACAACAAAUCAGUACAAACAUCAUCCCCGAGUAGCUUCUUCAAAACUUUGAUAUUGUAUACAUUGGGCUUCCCUUUGUCUGAACGAAAGUAGAGUUCCUUACUGUCCAUUCUACCAUGAUACAGAAGUAAUAUGAGAAGAUCUGUGUCUUCUCCGAUCAGGGUGGUUGAUGUUGUGGUCGACAUAGUGACAGCUGCUUUCACUAUUUCCAAAUCUGCAUCCCCCUCUGCCUGCACCACGUGACAGUCCUUUUGCCUCAAGCGCACCGUGACCAUGUCAAUUAGUGACUUCUUAUUUUUUUCAUUUGAAAGGAAAUCGUCUUUCUUCCCCACAAACUUAGUUGUCUCCGUGAUAUUGACUGUAUUUUUCACAUUUGUGGUCUUCCGUCGCUGGUGGGUGUUGUGCUGGGUCCUCCAUAUCCAUCUACGGUCGCUUUUCCAUACAGAUCUGUCGUAAAAGAUGCAUAAUUAGCAGCAAUUGAGCUGUAGGUGUUCCCUUCAGUCCAUUUCAGCCGAUGUAAGAGAGAACCUCCGUCCAACACGUAGUACUCAGUCUUGGGAAUAGGCUGAACGACAACAUCAUCAACAGAAGUAGCAUGGUUCCGUAUAGCCUCAAGAAGGGCAGGUUUGUCCGGCUUUCGUAGUCGAUGUUUGCCUUCAAACAAAGAGGGUGGAUAUGGGGAAAGUUCGUGCUUCAUCACUUCAUCUAAGCUAAGUCCUCCAGAUUGCGACACUACCAGGAACCUCUGAAAUAACAUAGCAGGAUCAUUGUUCUGUCUUCAGCAACUUUGACAGCCCUUGCUGACGCCAUGGUCUUCACCUUAGUGUUGCGUUUGUGGGAAUAAGAAAAAAUCAACUGACUUUCCAUUUUGGUAACCGUGUCCCUGCCAACAGUGAAACUGUCAUCUACAUUCACGUCAUCAUCGGCAUUUACCCCUGUAACAAUGUUGCGCAAUGUCGUUUCACCUGAGAACGGAGUAUAGAGGCCAAGCAUUGGGUCAAGCUUGGUCAGAUCCUCUUUAUCCCAGACUAUUCAUGCGGCAGUGGCUUCUCUGUGCUGUUCGCUAGUUGUAUAUCUGAUACGGCAUGAAGGUGAUCCUGUGCGAUCAGCCUCAAUCAGCUCCCGCGCAAUUCCCAACAUUUGCAUAUAGCUCAACCAAAGUUUGCUCGUUUUGGAAUUGUCCGACAAUUCAGCUUUUAUUGAUGUCAUUGAACUAACAAACUCAUCCAUGCCAUCAGAUGCAAUCACUCUGGCGACAUCUAUAACUCCUCUCUCUGCUUGACAGUACAACUGCUCAAGUUCCUCUAUGAUGCCUUCAAAUCGUUGUUCACGUUCGAUGAUCUUCGAGAUGAUCUGGUUUGUUAGACACUGGUCAACAAGCAGAUGUCCACGGAGUGCGCGCUGUACCGCCUUCCCAGUAACCAAAAAUUGUUUUAUCUUACCUGUAAGGUGUAUCUUAGUCUAUAAACAUUUUGUUCUUUUCUGAAUCACAAUGACACACUGUGAUUAGGUAAAAUUUUGAAAACUCUGAAUCACAUUGAAAGCUGUUGUCUUAUUCUGUCUAAUCUGGAGAAGAGAAUGUUUGUUGUAAAUGGCAGCACUAUGGGCUGUCGCACCAAGGGCAAUCAGUUUUUUCAAGUACCCUCUGUUUUACUGGGGGUUUGACUGGGGUUGUCUACAAAAUUGAAUUCUAGUAUAGUACAUAUCUUGAACUGCCACAAAAACAUGAUAAAAUGAUAAAUAUGAGUUUCCAACAUGACGUCAUUGGUGACGUCAGGACGUCAUGUUAUGACGUCAUUGCGCUAUAUGGAACAUUACAGAAUAAUGAAUUGACUAAGAUAAUGGUUAUAAGAGUAAUGUUUCACACAUUAACUGGUUAAAAUAGCAAUAUUAAUAGGAUAUGAGCAAGAUUUAUGGGACUUUUUAGCGAUGGCAGCCAUCUUUUUUUGACGUCAUAUUUAGACCCUUUGCGGAGGCUCAAUUUCUGCCAACUUUUGAUAUGUUGUUCUCUGGACUAAUAUCUACAGAAUAACACCAUAAAACGUUUUCUUGCAAUUUUUUUGGGGUUGGCCUGUUUAUUUCAUAUUUUGAUCCUACUACUGUGGGUAAUAUCAUUUGUGCUUUUCUAAUUGUAUAUCCGUAAAGAAUUUGGGGUUUUAAUGUUUGAUGUUUAAAAUGAUAUGCAAAAAGUUCUUAAAACUCAGAUUCUAGGUGUAGUUUUGGAAACAAAUUUCUGUCAAAUUUUGAAAUUACAGAAAAGUGUCCUAGGCAAAUGUAUUUCAAAUGUGGCCCAUGUCUAGCUACUAGUUUGUAACUAUAAAGCUUCGUCAAUUUGCCUCAAUGUGGAGGUGCAUGAAUUUAUUGGGUUUCUCUUUUAAAAUAUGUAUCUGUGUCUCUUUAAAGGCUAUGAGGUUGUAAAACCCUGUGGGGGUAGAUUGAAUACUAGUUCAUAGAGAAACGUUAUUUCAGUCAUGAAAGUAAUGCCAGUAUCACACCAUCCAAGUACUCUAGAGGGGCAAGCCUGGGAUCCUUCAUGAAUGUGUUCAUUCAAUUGUUGGAUGAUAAAUGUCAUGAUGUAUGGAAACAAAGAUGUUAGAAGUAACAGUAUUCUUUGAAAGAUCUUAGUUCAAUAGUUUAGUGUCUUUCCCGAGGUUAUGUAUAACUCACACAACAGGUGUGAGUCUAAUGGUCACGUGUAGACCUAUGUUUAUGUAGCCUACAUGAAUGUAAACAAAAUUCAUUUCUAAUCCAGAGGCCUAUGUCCAACAAUCUGAAAAUGUUUGCGGUUGACACAUUGCUAUUCUGGUUCCGAUUUUUGUGCACUGCUACCGUCCCCUAACGCCUCUUUAAAGACUCAACGAAGGAAUGCACCGAAGUACCGGCAGCGCCUGGAGCAAGUGGCGGCGGCAACGGAAAGGAAAAUUCAAAAUGAAAGGGAAAAAAACACUUCAACAAAACGUGACCGGAAAUCGUCAAUGUUGGUCUUUUUCCCCGAAGUUUACAUUUGUUUUAUUGUUGGAUUGAUGCUAAUAGAAAAUAAACUAAUCAAAAGUCAAAUUAAUAAAAUGAUAAUCUCUUUUAGUGACAAUAUUUCAUGUUUUUUUUACAAAUUCCAUCUGGUCCGAAAAAACAAAAAAUAACGACUUGUUCAUUUCCACACUUGCCGGGCAGCUUGUCUUUUGGAGCAGUUGAUUGGUUUUAUUAACAAACAUGCAAUUUCUCUUCGCACUAAGAUGAAAACCACAUUGACCAGCGAUUGGAUAACUCUGCAUUUGUCAAUUUAUCUGUAAACUACCAUCAGUGCACUAUAAAAUCAUGGGGGGGGGCCUUCCCAUUUUUCUUGCUGAAACAUGUAAGAAGGAUGGGGCUUUGGGGGACUCCCCCAAUGCACUGGCUAAAACACGUCAGAAGGACGGGGAUUUGGGGGGGGGGGGGGGGCCCCCCGAUGUCAAACAGUGGUGUGAGUUCACUAGAGCUUGCACUUUACAUAUUACAAGUUGAAUUAUGCAGAAACUUGUGUCAUUAUUAUUUACAUGUAAAUAAAAUUAUGAUUUAA